AUGAAUGAAGACGAUCCCCCUCGGAAGAAACCCUUGGAAUGGCUGAAGAAAAGUCGUCCAGAACCUGCCGGUGAUUUGGCAGAGGAGAGAGGCAGGAGGGCAGCUAAUGAUAAGUCCUCUCUCUCGCCUUCAAGUAAUGCAUCUCGUGGACGAUUCUCGCGGUUGGUUCCUAAGUUACUCCGCAGGGCGAACAACCGUUCUGCUCAAAGCGCUCGACAGUCUCCGAACCUUGAUUCUACAACUGCAACUUUCAAUGCACAGGAUCUUCUACGCUCUCAGACAAGCCAGGAUCCUUCAUCACCCAUAGCUUCCACUUCCGAACCGAAUUUUGACCAGUCCUCCAAUGCAGAUGUUGCAAAGGCCCAUCAUCAGGUCGAAUCGCCGCCUGAUAUGAAGUGUGUGAUGGAAAAGCUCGUGCAUGCCCAAACAGGUGUCACAGGCAUCAGCCCUAUUCAAGAAAUCGUUCAAAAUAUUGCUUCAGUGUCUGACAACCUACAAGCUGUUCCUGAUAUGAUCAACACAUUUUCCAAAAUACUCGGACCAUUGAAGACAUUCAAUUCCGUUGCUAAUGGGCUUGCAGAUGUAUGCGUGUCUAUUUCAUUUUCGUACGCGACUAGGCAAUGUCAUGGGUACCCAGGCUAUAUUGUUAAAAUUAAGCUUAACCAUAGCUAA